CGUGUAAGGGUUAUUAACAUUCAUCAAGCAUCGAGGAUUUUUGUAGCGUAAAGAAAUUGAAGAUUUGCAGCAAGGUAAAGAUGGCUCGUGGACACCAGAAAAUCCAAUCGCAGCAGAAGGCGCAGGAGAAGCAAGCCAAGAUGAAAAAACAGCAGGGCCACGGACUCAGCGAUCAGAUGAAGGCAGCCCAGAAAGCGCUCGUGUUUUCGUGCGCCGUCUGCAAAUCGCAGAUGCCCGAUCCCAAGACGUACAAACAACACUUUGAGAACAAACAUCCUAAAAACGAGUUACCAGCCGAGCUGAAGGAUAUUUAGAACGAGAGGAGCGUAGCACAAGACGGUGAGCUGGACCACGAGGCUCCGAUGUACGCUCCGAAACCAAUCCGAGAGGUUCGAUUCCAUGAAUCGCUGCGAAGAUGAUGUUCCGAGUUGCCAGAGACGCGCAUAGAUUUACGUUACUUGAGAUUCCCUGCCCCAUCACUGCCCAGCUGCCUACUGGUACUUAGUUAAUUGCAGACGGACGGUGGAGGUUUUACCAUUCUUUUGUCCUACAAAUUCAGUGUAAAUAGUUGGAUGUUUCGAAGCUGAAAGGAGUUCUUGCAUCAUCCAAUUCCUAUGACCAGCAUGAGUAUUAAAUGAAAUAUACCAGCAUAUGCCUGAACUGAUCGUGAUUCACUCUUU